AUGGCGAAAUCUAUAGUUUCUCAGAAAUCGCUUUACUCGAAUCUUUUCGUUCGUCAAAACAGUUCAAGAGCUUUUGCUAAUUCUCCCGCCAUCAUCGACAAUAAGCCCUCAAGUGUUUUAAAACGUCGAGCCCGAUUCAACAAAUUCAUGCAACUCGUGCCUUCUUUAUCGUACUUUACCCAGGUAGUGGCAGCCAUUGCGAGAAUGAAACAUUACGAGGCUGCAAUAUCUGUGAUUGAAAAAAUGGAAUUCCUGGAAAUCCUUGACCCUAAUGUUCAUAACUUGAGUGUUUUGAUCAACUGUUACUGUCAUCUCAAUCGUGUCGAUUUGGGUUUCUCAGUCUUGGGUCGAGUAUUGAAACUUGGUUAUGAAGUCGAUGUAGCCCUGUUUACUACUUUGAUCAAGGGUCUGAUUGGUUAUAACCAGAUGGGUUUGGCUGUGAAGUUGUUUAAAAACAUGCUGGAACAAGGGAUUCAUCCCAACUCAAUUAGUUGUGGAACAAUAAUCAAUGGGUUAUGUAAAAUGGGGAACACUAAUGUUGCAAUUCAAUUGGUCAAGAAAAUGAAGAACAUAAGAAUGGAAGUCGGUGAUGUUGUAUAUAACAUGAUCAUUGAUAGUCUUUGCAAGGAUGGAAUGGUCACCGAAGCUUUUAGACUCUUUGAGAAGUUGAUGCAUGGAACUUCAAAACCAAAUGUGGGCAUGUGCAACUCAAUGAUCUGUGUUUUAUGUAAUACAAACAAGUGGAAAGAGGGCAUGGGGAUAUUCGAAAAGAUACCAAAUCCAGAUGUUCAAACCACUUUGGUUGACGGGUAUUGCUUACAAGGUAGGUUACACGAAGCGGAGAAGGUAGUUGAUUCAAUGAUUAACAACGAAUGUAAUCCAAAUGUGCAUACAUAUAACAUUUUGAUCAAUGGCUAUUGUAAGAAAAAGAGGACAAAUGAUGCACUAAAGGUGUUCGAUAAAAUGUGUCAAAGAGGCCUGAUUGCUAAUACCAUCACAUACACCACUUUGAUCCAUGGGUUUUGUCUUUCCCGACAGCCUUCUAUCGCGCUGCACUUCCUGAAGAAAAUGCAAUCAUGUGGCCAACACCCAGAUAUUGUCACAUACUCAAUCUUGUUAGGUUGUGCAAAGCCAGGGAACUCGAAUCUGCAAAAAAUGUCUUUCAUGGAUGGUCUUGAAGAUGAAGCAAUCAUGUUGUUUCAGGAAAUGGUAGAAAGUGGCUACUAUUCCCCAGAUGGAUGCACAUAUAAUGUAUUCAUUCAAGGUCUUAUUUGCAAUAAUACUGGGAAGAGGGCAAUCGAGUUUGUUGAUGAAAUGGUUGGUAAGGGAUUCUCAGCUGAUGCAUCAAUGACUGAGAUUUUGUUGGGUGUGUCGAGUGAUAGAAACUUAGAUCAAUCACCAUUUGUUUUGAAUAGUUUAUCUACAUCAAAUACUAAUAAUAUCACAUUUCAUAAUUAA